GAAGAAGAAGAAGAAAUAACACACUAGAUAGCUACCAACCAUUGUGUGAAAAUGUCUAACAUAGAGUUGUUGAGAUUGAUUUUCAACGAACGAUUUAGAGCGUGUCCUAAACUAUUCAGAGCUGUUGAAAAAACCAUAACAGAGUACCAGGAAAAUGUUUCCCCAUCGAAAGAGGAGAACGACUGUGUAAAGAGGCUGCUUGAUUUCAUCCUUCUACCAGAGAUACAGUUACAUAGAGCAGAUCUCCAGAAAACCACAGUCUCUGAAGAGGAGGUUUACCUUGAGCAGAACCAUUGUGAACAAGAAUGUAGCCUCAGUCUGGAGCAGGACUCAAAACCCACACAGAUUAAAGAGGAACAGGAGGAACUUAUGACCAGCCAUGGAGAAGAGCCAUUUCAAGAGCUGAAGAAUGAUAACGACUCUGUAUUCAUUCCUUUCAGUGUGAAAAGUGAGUAUGACGAGUCUUCACAUCUGAGCAUAACCCGAAGUAAAGAAUACGAAGACCGAGACCCCUCCACUAAACAGAUCAAAACAGAACCUGGGGAAGAGGACUCAUCAGAACUAGCCAGUGACUAUAAGCCCAUCACUGCAGUAAAUCCAGCCUGUUCUACUGCUCAGGGUGAAAAUAGUGAAGUUAUUGACUGGAAUGAGAGUGAAGGACCUCUGUCAGCUUUGAAGACGCGGAAAUCAAAAAGGAUGCGGACAGAAAAAGUACAAAGCUCCCUUAUCAGCUCUAAGUCUGUGGUGUCCCAUCUGAAAUUGCCUAUCAGGUCCAACUCUAAACAAAUUACCCAUAUGAGGAGCUACCUAGAGGAGAAAUUGCAUCGCUGUCAGGAUUGUGGAAAAUGUUUUGCUCGAGGUGGAGUUCUGAAAAGGCAUAUGAGGAUCCACACAGGGGAGAAGCCGUAUUGCUGUCAAGAUUGUGGCAAAGCAUUCACCCGAAGUGAUUAUAUGAAACGGCAUAUGAGGAGCCACACAGGGGAGAAGCCGUAUUGCUGCCAUGAUUGUGGCAGAGCAUUCACUCGAAGGGAUUGCAUGACACGGCAUAUGAGGAGCCACACAGGGGAGAAGCCAUAUUGCUGCCAUGAUUGUGGCACAGCAUUCACACAUGACACAACAUGUGAGGAGCCACACGGGGGAGAAUCUGUAUUGCUGCCAUGAUUGUGGCAAAGCAUUCACUCAUGACACAACAUGUGAGGAGCCACACGGGAUAAAUCGCAUUGCUGUCAUCAUUGUGGAAAAUGUUUUUCUCAAAAGGGAAAUCUGAAAUCUCAUAUGAAGAGCCACACAGGAGACGAAUCACAUCCUUGUCAUCUUUGUAACAAACAUUUCACCGAAAGAAGUCAUCUGAAAGUGCAUAUGAGGGUUCAUACGGGUGAUAAAUCAUUUCGCUGACAGGAUUGUGACAAAUGUUUCACUCAGCAAUCCAAUCUGAAUAAGCAUAUAAUGAAAUCUCAUAUGAGGAGUCAGAGGGGAAGAAACCACAUUACUGCUAAAAUAGUAGCAAAUCUUUCACCACUGGUUUCCAACUCACUCAGGGUUUAUGUGUCCUGUCUGAAGAAAAUGCUGAGUGAUGCAAGUGUAUUAAACAGUCAUAGGAGAAUACACACUGGAGAAAAUAUGUAAAUGCAGUGAUUUGGGAUUGAUGCUUCAAAACAAAUGAAACCCUAAGAGGAUGCAUGGAGAGAAUGCACAAAACAUGACUGUACCCUGUGUGGGCAUCAGACAGAAGAUUGAGAGGUACAUGUUUCAACAUCCAAGUGGAGACACGGUUCUUGUGAGGGUCUGAAUAAAUUAAAGAUUAAUCUCUGAGAAUAUUGCAUGAUGCCCACAUAGUUGUCUAACAGAGAGACAUUUGAGGAUUUUUUUGCAACAGGAGUCCCUGCUCAUUAGUUUGACAUACAGGAUAUUUGACUGCAGUCCUCUGUAGAUGCUACUUGAACUCAUCAAUACACUGCAUUAUUUGAAGUCUGUCCUACUGACCUUGGGAAACUGGUGGGAAUUAAAAAUCACCUUUUGGACAUUUGAUUUUGACUCCAGCAUAAAAAUGUAUAUAAAAUGUUAGCUUUUACUUGGACUCACUUGGCAUAUCAAAAUUAUGAUGUGAAAAAUGAAGGCAUAACCUCAAAGGUUAAGGAGAGAUUAGUAUUGUGAGAUGAGAAAUAAAGUUGACACAUAAAGAUUCUCUUCUUCUUUUCUAAAGUAGGUAUCUCUUUUUAUCUUUAUGUUAGGAAUAUUCUUAGAAACAUUUAAAUAAACAAUUAAUUUUGUUUAUUUGUCUGGGCAUGAAAACUAAAAUCCAUAUCAUGCAUGGAUGAGGGAUUUUUAUAAAGUAAAGUAAAAAUACUUUGAAGUACUACUUUUUAUAUUUUUUACAACUUUUAGUUUUACUCCACUACUUUUGUAAAGAAAAUAAUGUACUUUCUAUUCCAUACAUUUUCCCUGACACCCAAAAGUACUUUUCACAUUUUGAAUGCUUAGCAGGACAGGAACAUUUACCAAUUCACACAUUUAUCAAGAGAAAAUCCCUUGUCAUCCCUACUGCUUCUGAUCUGGCAGACUCACUAAACACAAAUGCUACAUUUGUAAAUUAUGUUUGAGUGUGGCCCUGGCUAGCCGUAAAUAAAUAAAUAACAAAA